AUGAGCUUCGAUUUCGAUCUUGACGAUGAACUCACAGAAUUUCUAUCUGGCAUCGAUCUAGUCGUACCCAACGAAGCCAGUAACCAUCUAGCUUUCAACCCAGUCCUCGUCGGACUUGUCAACCCUCACGGUCGUUACGGUUUAAGAACCCAAUCAUGGGAAGACUCUGACGACCACGCUGAUCUCAUCGUGUUGUACCAGAACACGGGGUAUGAUCCAGCUGGGCUGGUUUACAAUCUAGAAACGCAGCAGGUUACCUACUUGGAAGACGCAUUUACCUCACCCUAUGAACCCGAUGAGAUGAAGCUUCCGUGGGCUGAUCUUGAUGAAGUUCUACAACUCUAUUGGGACUGCGUCGAAUCUGGCAAGUUUGUUAUAGAUGCGCAGAACCCUGGGUUCGGCGAACCUGAUAAUCUUGCGACGCAGGGGUGGAGAGUUGAGCUGUGUACGGAGAAAGAGAUGGAGCAGGUGCUGGAUGUGUGGGGUAAAUUGGUUGAUGCGAUUGCGAAGAGGCUGCCUGCAUCUGACACGCGAAAGGAAAAGAAGGAGGAUGGAGACCAGACAGUGGACGAAGAACCGCAACGCAAGAAAAGGAGGAAAGAAGAAGAAGGGCUAAUCUCUAUUGAGGUUUUAAACGAGUACCCAGCCAUCCCGCCGUUCGUGCGCACCUUCCUCUCAAGAGCUAAGAAACCUCCAUUCAAAUCUAUCGCACCGCAGCUCGACGUGCCUGAUGAGGAAUUCAUCCAUCGCGUAGGAGCGGAGAUGCAAAACAGACACCCCGAUGCUACUCUCGAAGGACCGCAACACGAGAUAUCCGAGAGUUAUCUGUUUCUGCUCUUCCCGUGGCGCACAUCAGGCAUCGAGCUCGUUUCCGAACGCGACCAGGAGAAUUGGAAGUCUAAACGGGGAUCCAACAUCUUGGACAAUCGCGGAGGACUAUACAUUCAGCCCGACGACUUCUACUCGUAUUGUGGCACGUUACUGCUUCCAUUUCCUCUCGGGAGUGACGGUCAUGUUCUGCGAGGGGAUGAUACCAAAGUGAAGGCAUAUGAGCCGCGUCAGGAUGUGUUGUAUCAUCGCGGCGUAGGUAAUCCCUUUGUGUCUGGCUGGGGAACGCCGUUGACUGCUAUCCUGAUCAACUGGUGGGAGCAAGUCGAAAAUGACUCUUGGGGUAUUGAUGAAACUGGAGUUGCUGGGGGGAAUGAGCUCUGGAAGAAGGCGGAUACCGAGGAGGGUGCCGAGGACUUCAAGAUCUAG